UGAGGGAAGAAAAAUCCCUUUUCUUAAAAAAUCUAUAUUUCCCUUUCUGAUAGCUUUAAAUCAGCUUAUCUCGUCCACGUAUGAAAACAUUGUCGAUUAGUGUGAAGACGGAACUGGCUGGAAGGUGCAGAAGAAACGAAAUCGUGUUUAUCGAUAAAAAAAUAGUUUAUCUAAUCUCUAUACGUAUGCGAGGUUUUGGCAUCAAGGCUUUCUAUUGCGACUCAUGUUUUCAUUUAACACUUUGCAAUGCUUCGAAAUACGACAAAAAAUAAUGUUAUGUAUCAGCAGUGCUCUCGUUUUUACUAAUAAGUAUAAAUAGAUAAUGACUAUGGACUCAUCACAAACCCUUUCUUCAAAGCGUGUAAGACAACUAAGUCAAACUGAUAUUAUAAGCGAGUGUAAGCGAGCAAAGCUUAACCGAAAUGAAGAAGAAGAAAUUAAUUUUCUUCGACUGUUCUGGGAAGCUUUUGAUAAUAUUUGUAAAGUAUCUGACAUUUCAGAAACUGAUAUACAGCAGGCAAUAGACAAUAUUAUCGCUUCUUUCCGUUAUAGCAAGGGAGGUAGAUUCGAAAAUAUAGAUCUCAGUUCCGCAGAAAACGUAUGCGGAUACAUUCAUCGCUACUCCUCCCUUCAUGCUGGUUUGGCCAGAAACAGAGUGCUGGAAGCAAUAGAUAACUGUGAAGCGCUAAAAUGUUGUUUAAAUUUUCCUGAUAUAAAUGUCAUAAGCUUAGGUGCCGGACCAGGUAGUGAUGUGAUUGGUUUCUGUAGUGCCUUAUACGAACUCACGGUGUGUAUCACUCUAAACUUGACUUUAGUCGAUUCAGCAAAACGUUGGUCAUCUUGUUUCAAUAUUGCAGAAUUCCUCACACGAGAAAGAAAUUUCGGAAAUGCAAGCAAUCUCUUCAAAGAAACUGAUGUUACAACGGUCUAUAUGAGAGUGGAUUUGCCUGGAAAUUUGUCGCAAGAUUUAAAGUAUUUUACAGCACUGAGUGAAGCUGAUAUUAUAAUAAUGCAGAAAUUAGUAUCAAUUAUGCCUCUCGAUACAAGCAAAUCUCUGAUCAAGAGUGUUGCUGAAACAAUGAAAGAAGAGGCUGUGCUGUUAUUUAUAGAUUCACCAUUUCCUGAGCUCUAUUUCAAAGAUUUUGACAUAAUAUAUCAAUCUGCUGCUGAAGAUUAUGUUUUUCCGAUUUCAGAAAGGAAAUUUAAUAGGAGUAAUGCAGUAUUUUCCACUGCGCGCCUAGUAGUGUUGAUGAAAAAACAGGAAAAGAACGAAUAAUUUAGCUUCUUAAGCUCUACAUCCAAAGAGCCAAAUUUCCUUUUCAUUUACUGAAAUAAGAGCAAUGUUUGUGUUUCUACCCCUUAACGAAAGUAUGAUGAAUUAAACCUAUUUAGACAAGAAUAAGAAUUUGUCAACGACUUAUGUCUGAUAUUUGAAAGUUAAUAUCAAGCAUUCAAGAACAUCUGUCAUAUAAGGCAUUUAUCAAAUUUCUUCAAGUUAUAAAACUUUUAAUUUUUCCCGUGUCUAUUUACAAUAUAGGAUUAUCCAAAACGACUGACCCAGUUUUAAUGAUUUAUUUUUGAAAUUGACAAGCAUAGAAGAGUAACAUAUGAAAUAAAAUGAAAAUUUUCCUAAGGGUUUUUUUAUGUAACUUCUUUCACUUACUCGAACAUCAAAACAAUAAAUUCUCCAGCAUAUCAUUUGUUAUAUCUUCCACCGUAAAAAAAAAAAAAAAAAAAAAAAAAAAAAAAAAAAAAAAAAAAAAAACA